AGGUAGGAUAAUGACUUUUUAACGCCUCCCUCCCGACUCCAAAAAGCUGUCAAAUUUCACACUUUGGUUGCUUGAGCUAGUACUUAAGAAAGGGCACAGGAGCAGAAAGGCAGAUGACAAAGAAGCAGUGCCAUGGAUGUCCCUGUGCUAUUCAUCUCUUUUCUUCUAGCUCUCAUUUUGCUGGCUGACUGCACUGAGCUACCUUUUCAGGAGAGGAUGCUUCUCAAAGCCUUGGGAUUAAAUGGAAGACCACAACCAGUCUCUCCUGGACCCGUACCAAAGGCACUUUGGAAAAUUUUUGAGAAAGGAAUAAAUGCAGAUAAUCCCUGUAGGAUGGAGGGCUUUCAAGUUCCAGGGAACAUUGUGAGAUCCUACAGAGAUCAAGGACCGUUCGUCUCCAAUGAGGUACCACAUAAAUCCUUGUGCUUCAAGAAACAUCUCUUCUUUGACCUUUCUGUAAUUGAGAAAAGGGAGCAGGUGACCCUUGGCCAACUUGAGAUCAAGUUCAAGCACAACACAUAUCAUGGCCGUGAGUUCCAGCUCCGGUUGUAUCGUCCACUUCAUAUGUCUUUAAAGGGAAUGCGAGACCACAAUACAAGCAGGAAGCUUCUCUUUGCACAGUCCUUUCGUCUACUUCACAAGUCUCUUCAUUUCAAUUUGACAAAGAUGACACAGGACUGGACUGCCUUUGAAAACAACAUGGGAUUAGUUAUGGAAAUUUUUGCAGAUGGUGAAGAAACAACAGGUAACAAAUUCUCCCAACUGUGUGAGCAAAUCCAUUCCUUCGUCCACAUCUCUCUGGUCACAGUAUCACUUGACCCUUCUAGCUGCAAGGCUUCAAGACCCAAAAGAAGUGCAGAGUCUUCAUUGCCAACUCCCAGUAACCUAUGCAAAAAGAGGCGUCUCUACAUUGACUUCAAGGAUGUCGGCUGGCAAAACUGGGUUAUUGCUCCACGAGGCUACAUGGCCAACUACUGUCAUGGAGAGUGCCCUUAUCCGCUGACAGAGAUGCUUAAGGGUACCAACCAUGCCGUGCUACAGACAUUGGUGCACUCUAUAGAGCCAGAUGUCACACCACUCCCUUGCUGUGCUCCAACUAAGCUAUCACCCAUUUCUAUGCUAUAUUAUGAUAACAAUGACAAUGUUGUGCUGAGACAUUACGAGGACAUGGUUGUAGAUGACUGUGGGUGCAAAUAAAUAAAGUUUUUUUUUUUGUUUGGAUGAUUAUUUUAAUCUAGACUCUCAUACUGCAUUUGGAUUUACAAAUGUAUGGGUUAUCUACUGCAAUUCUACAGUAAUCCUACAACCACUGGCUUAUUGGGGUAAUAACACCAGCUUUGAUAUGUUCUUACGAAUGAAAAAACGGACACCUGUCAAAUGCCUGAAUGUAAACCUCAUCUGAGAGUAAUGCAAAUGUGCCGUUCUCAGCAUGAACCAUGCAUGGACUUUAAGCAGGAAUACAAUAUUUGACUGGAUCUCCCUUCUGGACAUUUUCUGUCCUUCUACCUAGGUAAAGUGAACCACACAAGGGCUAUGAACUUGCUGAACACAUAGGGGACACUGGAAGUUACAAAGAUGAACCAAAUACACAUACCUGGCAAGGUGGCAUAGGUGUGAAUACCAAGAUUUGUCGUGCAACAUUUGAAACUUUAUACAUUUCUAUUGCAACUUUGUAUAUGACUGUUUGCCCAGAGUUCAGCUAUAUAUUUUUCCCUAAAUUGCCUUGGGUCUU